AUGGGUAUUUUUCACCUGAAGUCACCUUCACAAAAAAUUGGAUUUAGAUGUUAUGAUCUCGUUCGUCACUUGGGUGAAACUCAGAGCAAGGUUUUCGUUAUGCCGGUUAGCGAAUAUUCACCCAUGACCUUUUCCACUGAGGUAUAUGUGUUGGUAUUAUACCUCCGAGCGUACAAUAUAAAGAUAAAUUAUCGUGGCGAUGGCUCACACCGGAAAGUGUAUAACGUCAGCGUCUGA